AUGAGCGGCGAUAUCGCGGUCCAGGUCUCGAUCGAAGGCACUUCCGAAGUCCCACCUCGAGAGACUGCCGGGGACAUUCCUACACUCCGACCCGAGGUCCGACCUCAACAGACUGCGGCAGCCACUCCCGAGGUCCGAGUUCAACAGACUGCGGCAGCCACUCCCGAAGUCCGAGUUCAACAGACUGCGGCAGCCACUCCCGAGGUCCGAGUUCAACAGACUGCGGCAGCCACUCCCGAGGUCCGAGUUCAACAGACUGCGGCAGCCACUCCCGAGGUCCGAGUUCAACAGACUGCGGCAGCCACUCCCGAGGUCCGAGUUCAACAGACUGCGGCAGCCACUCCCGAAGUCCCACCUGAACAGACUGCGGCAGCCACUCCCGAGGUCCGAGUUCAACAGACUGCGGCAGCCACUCCCGAAGUCCCACCUGAACAGACUGCGGCAGCCACUCCCGAGGUCCGAGUUCAACAGACUGCGGCAGCCACUCCCGAGGUCCGACCUCAACAGACUGCGGCAGCCACUCCCGAAGUCCCACCUGAACAGACUGCGUGGAGUAAUUCUAAAUUCCCAUCACAAUUACAACGGGAUGAGUACAUGGACGAGAGCGAACCUUCGGAAGAGGGAAGGUUAUUCGAGAAAAUCCUAUUUGUGUUAUUAAUGAUCUGUCUUCUAGGCAUUACAUUCAUUGGUGUCCCAGCUUUUACACUAAAUAAUGGAAAGAAAGUACAUCCACAAUUUACACAGUCAUAG